AUUUAGUUUUAACAAAGUGAAAAAAUGGAAGCAAAUUUAUUUGAGCUAGUUCGGAAGCAUGAAGAGACGAAACUUCAUAGAAGUGAUAGUUCAAUAAUCUGCACAACAAAGAUUUGGUUGCUAGAUACCGAAUAUAUUCAUAACGAAUUUAAUGAUCAUUUCUGGGGUAAAAAUUGUAUUAGGGAGAUAUGUUUACGACCAUUAAACGAUGAUUCGUGUUUUCACGCACAAGUGUGGCCGUGUUUCACCUAUCAAAACUUGGCAACAAAACACCAAAAAGCGUUUGAUCAUUGUCAUAAAUAUGUGCACGGAUUGACAUAUGAUCCAAGUUUAUUGUGCAACUCUAAAAGAAUUUUUUGUACUGAUAUAUACGACUAUUUGGGAACACAUUUUUAA